AUGGGAAAAAGAAACCGAGCGGCUGUGGUCGUGCUUGGUGAUAUCGGCCGUAGUCCCCGAAUGCAAUACCAUGCGCUCCCCCUUGCUCGCCAGGCCAUUUUGGAAGUUGAUAUUGUCGCAUAUGGAGGUUCAGAGCCACAUAUUUCAGUUUUGGAGCACCAAUCUAUUUAUAUUCAUAAAAUGCCCCAAUGGCCGAUAUUUCCCAAAUGCCUGAGCAUACUUCGGCAGUUAAUUCUAUUUUUCAAGCCGAUUUUCCAGUUUCUUGUGCUGCUUUGGUAUCUUUGUGUAAAGAUACCAGCUCCUGAUGUAUUCAUAGUGCAGAAUCCUCCAUCUGUACCUACUCUAGUGGCUGUGAAGUGUGCUAGCUGGAUUAGAAAUUCAGCUUUCAUCGUCGAUUGGCAUAAUUUUGGAUAUACUCUGCUUGCUUUGUCCCUUGGAAGGAAUAGUCUCUUUGUUGCAAUGUACCGUUGGAUCGAGAAGCAAUUUGGCGAAAUGGCUCAUGGUUCCUUGUGUGUGACGAGAGCAAUGCAACACGAGUUGUCCCACAAUUGGGGAAUUAAAGCCACUGUUCUAUACGAUCAACCUCCAGAAUUCUUCCAGCCUGCUUCACUCGUGGAGAAGCAUAAUUUGCUUUGCAGGAUUAGUAAAAAUCUUAAUGAGCCGGUUGGUCGAAGGGAUUGCAUAAGCAAUGAUAACAAUGAUCCAAAUUCGACUCUAUUUACAACUAAAGUUGGCAGUGAAAUAUUACUGAAGCAAAACAGACCAGCACUUCUUGUUAGCAGUACAAGCUGGACACCCGAUGAAGAUUUUGGGAUUCUUCUAGAAGCAGCCUUUAUGUAUGAUAGACGAGUUGCUACACUGCUCGGUGAGGAUAACUUAACUGAUGAUGAAGUUGUUUGGAAUGAAAUUCGUAAAGGAAAGCAAUUCUCAUACCCGAGAUUGUUGUUCAUUAUUACCGGUAAAGGACCUGAGAAGGAAAAGUGUGAGGAGAACAUUCGAAAGAUUAGUCUGAAACGUGUUGCUUUCCGUACCAUGUGGUUGUCUGCGCAGGAUUAUCCAUUGCUUCUUGGUUCAGCUGACUUGGGCGUGUGUCUGCAUACUUCGUCGUCUGGAUUGGACUUACCCAUGAAGGUAGUGGAUAUGUUUGGCUGUGGACUACCUGUCUGUGCUGUUUCUUAUUCCUGCAUAAAGGAGCUGGUAAACGUCGGAAUGAAUGGUCUCCUUUUCUCUUCAUCUGCAGAAUUGGCCGACGAACUCAUGUUGUUGUUCGAGGGUUUUCCAGAAAAAUGUGAUGCUUUGAGGUCGAUGAGGUCAAACUUGAUGGAAAUUGUUUCUUCAGAUAGGUGGGCAACAACAUGGGACGAAAAUGCCAAGCCGUUGAUAUAUGGGGUGAUAUCUCAAAACUCCAGCUGA